AUGGGGCAAGCACAGAAGCUGAAGCAACUACAUUACCUGAAGCCUACUGAUCCAGAAGGUGCUUCAGGUAUUCUGGAACUUGAAAAGACACUGCUGGCACCAGAGCCUGUUGCAAUUCGGUAUAUUUCACAAACACAGGGUUUACCAGCUGAAUAUUUAUUAAGUGCAGGGACAAAGACAACUAGGUUUUUCAACCGUGACACAGACUCACCAUAUCCUUUGUGGAGGCUAAAGACACCAGAUGACCAUGAAGCAGAGACGGGGAUUAAGUCAAAAGAAGCAAGAAAGUACAUUUUCAACUGUUUGGAUGAUAUGGCCCAGGUGAACAUGACAACAGAUUUGGAAGGGAGUGACAUGUUAGUAGAGAAGGCAGACCGACGGGAGUUCAUUGACCUGUUAAAGAAGAUGCUGACCAUAGAUGCUGAUAAGAGGAUCACUCCCAUUGAAACUCUGAACCACCCCUUUGUCACCAUGACACACCUGCUUGAUUUUCCCCAUAGUACUCAUGUCAAAUCUUGUUUCCAAAACAUGGAGAUUUGCAAGCGCCGGGUGAAUAUGUAUGACACAGUGAACCAGAGCAAAACACCUUUCAUCACACACGUGGCCCCCAGCACAUCCACCAACUUGACCAUGACCUUUAACAACCAGCUGACCACUGUCCAUAACCAGGCUCCCACCACCUCCAGUGCCACUCUUUCCUUAGCCAAUCCCGAAGUCUCCAUACUAAACUACCAAUCUGCACUCUACCAGCCCUCAGCGGCAUCCAUGGCCGCAGUGGCCCCUCGGAGCAUGCCCCUGCAGACGGGAACAGCCCAAAUUUGUGCCCGACCUGACCCCUUCCAGCAAGCUCUCAUCGUGUGUCCCCCUGGCUUCCAAGGCCUGCAGGCCUCUCCCUCCAAGCACGCUGGCUACUCAGUGCGGAUGGAAAAUGCUGUCCCCAUCGUCACCCAGGCUCCAGGAGCUCAGCCUCUUCAGAUCCAACCAGGCCUGCUUGCUCAGCAGGCCUGGCCAGGUGGGGCCCAACAGAUCCUACUUCCUCCAGCAUGGCAGCAGCUGACUGGUGUGGCCACCCACACAUCUGUACAGCAUGCAGCUGUGAUUCCUGAGACCAUGGCAGGCACUCAGCAACUGGCUGACUGGAGGAACACACAUGCUCAUGGAAGUCACUACAAUCCCAUCAUGCAGCAGCCUGCACUCUUGACUGGUCAUGUGACCCUUCCAGCUGCCCAGCCCUUAAAUGUGGGUGUAGCCCAUGUGAUGAGGCAACAACCAACCAGCACCACCUCCUCCAGGAAGAGUAAGCAGCACCAGUCAUCUGUGAGAAAUGUUUCCACCUGUGAGGUGACCUCUUCACAGGCUAUCAGCUCCCCUCAGCGAUCCAAGCGUGUCAAGGAGAAUACCCCCCCACGGUGCGCCAUGGUACACAGCAGCCCAGCUUGCAGCACCUCAGUCACCUGUGGGUGGGGCGACGUGGCCUCCAGCACCACCCGGGAGCGACAGCGGCAGACGAUUGUCAUCCCUGACACCCCAAGCCCCACAGUCAGUGUCAUCACUAUCAGCAGUGACACCGAUGAAGAGGAGGAGCAGAAGCAUGCCCCCACCAGCACAGUCUCCAAGCAAAGAAAAAAUGUCAUCAGCUGUGUCACAGUCCACGACUCUCCCUACUCUGACUCCUCCAGCAACACCAGCCCCUACUCGGUGCAGCAGCGCACAGGGCACAACGGCACUAACACCUUGGACACCAAGGGGGCCCUAGAGAAUCACUGCACUGGCAACCCUCGCACCAUCAUCGUCCCUCCACUGAAGACCCAGGCCAGUGAAGUGUUGGUAGAAUGUGAGAGCCUAGGGCCAGCGAUCAGUGCCAGUCACCAUUCGUCCUCCUUCAAGUCCAAGUCCUCCAGCACCGUGACCUCCACCAGUGGACACUCUUCAGGGAGCUCUUCAGGAGCCAUCGCCUACCGUCAGCAGCGGCCAGGCCCCCACUUCCAGCAGCAGCAGCCCCUCAAUCUCAGCCAGGCUCAGCAGCACAUGGCUGCGGACCGCACCGGGAGUCACCGUCGACAGCAGGCCUACAUCACUCCUACCAUGGCGCAAGCUCCGUACACCUUCCCACACAACAGCCCCAGCCAUGGCACUGUUCACCCCCACCUGGCUGCGGCUGCCCACCUCCCCACCCAGCCUCACCUCUACACCUAUACAGCGCCCACAGCCCUAGGCUCCACCGGUACUGUAGCCCACCUGGUGGCAUCCCAAGGCUCAGCACGCCACACCGUGCAGCACACUGCCUAUCCGGCCAGCAUCGUCCACCAGGUCCCUGUGAGCAUGGGGCCCCGGGUCCUGCCCUCGCCCACCAUCCACCCCAGUCAGUAUCCGGCCCAGUUUGCCCACCAGACCUAUAUCAGCGCCUCGCCAGCCUCCACCGUCUACACUGGAUACCCACUGAGUCCUGCCAAGGUCAACCAAUACCCUUACAUAUAAACACUGGAGGAGGCCCGCCGGGAGGAGGGGGGAGGGGCUCCCAGACCGACUUGGGGAGCUGGGAUUUUCUGCUGCAGGUGCCGCACACAAGCAAUGCACACAGGGCAGGGAGGGGGCAGUCGGGGCACAGGUGAAACUUGAACUAGGAAGUGGGAGGACUUAGAGUGGAGAAGAGAACAUUUUAAAAGGAGGGGUAAGGAGGGGAAAUCUAUGCUUUUUAUUUUAAAAAAGAAAAAGGAAAAAAAAAGAAAAAGAAAAAUGUUGGUAACAAAAGAGGAAAAAAAUGAAAGAAAAACACAACUCACAAACCCAUUCUGCACCAAACUGGAAGGAGAAGAGGAGCGGCUGGAGCCUGGAAGCAAGGGGCCCCAGGUUUUUUGAAGAACUUUAUGAACUUUUUAAAGAUUAUUUUCAUAUGACAGCAAGUGACAUUGAAGAACUUGCUGUCAGGGACACCAGAUAUGGAAGUCCAGUAGAUUUUUAAUUAAUUGAACAUAAAAAUUAGGGAUUUUCCCAGAACUCCAAAAGGGUCAACAUCCCUUUCAAAUGUCAGGUUAUGGCCUGAAAAGACUCAUAUUUGGGGGUUGGUUUGGGGUUGGCAAAGCCCAGUUCUGACUUAUUUGUCAGAAAUAGUGGGGUCAGCUAAACUAAUGGAAGAUUCCCCCAGAAGAAGGGCGGGGUUCCUCUUUUGGAGCAUUCUGGAUAAAUCCCUAAGCAAUGUUAUUCCUCAGAUGUCAUUAAUUAUGUAUGUUGCAGUCCUUAAUUAUUUUCUUUUCUGAGACUUUCUUUUCUCUUUGGAUCAACCCCUAGUCGUGUAGCACAGGCUAGUGGUUGUUCUGGACACCCUAGAAGAAUGUAGCACUGCACCCUUGUUUCCUACCUUGUGUUCAACUCCAGUGAUACCAAUAGACUAGUCCUCAAUAUAAUUGCACAAAGUGAUUUAACAUAGGCAUGGAACCAAUGUGGUAGUCCAGGUGAUCGAGUGAGUGUGCGAGCACGUGUGGGUGUGACUGGGGCUGCCACCCUCCCCAUGUGUCCCUUGGCACCGCCGGCCGUCACAGCCCUUGCAGUCUUGAUUUUACAUCAUUCCCUCCUAGUGCCUUAACGACUGACAGACAGAGACAUGGCAAAGGGUCUACUUCCACUGGUACUCUCCAAGAAACUGGUCGGGGCUGGUCAGAUGUUCUCAGCUCUGUGUAAGCUGUUGUAAUAUUUUACUUGGGUCUUUAUGAUUUUUCAUUGUUUUAAUGUCAUGUGGAUUGUCUUUCCUGGGCUCUUUGUGAGCAGAAGGAUUUCAGAGAAGCUCGCAUAAUGAAAAGGGAGAGACCCGUGGACCUCACGGGGGACGUGGGCGCCGUAUGGUGAAGCACAGUGGUGACAGCUGGCUCUUUCGGUGAGUUUUACUUUGAGGGCAGAGACCCAGAGAGACUCCUCGCCCUGCCCUAGCUGUGCCAUGGAUGGCGCUAGGGAGUCUAGGGAAUGGCAGCUUUGCCAGGCAGCUGCCUCAGCUGUCAAGCCCACCACCUCCUCCCCGGUCCCUCCCUCCCACAUGAAGCCUGGUAGUCGCAGACGCACCCACAUCUCUCUCCGCCAGCUCAGGAGCUGGGCAGGCUCCUGGCUUUGCCAGCUCUCUCCCACUACAGACCCACUGGUAAGUCUGCUGUCACCUCUGUCCUGAAAUUAGCCUAGCUCUCCCUAGACAGUUUGAUCUCUGCCUGUGAGAGAGAGAGAUAAUGAGCUGAGGGUUGAAGGGGCACUAGUGGGGUGGCCAGAGAUCCAUUGCACUGAGAAAACAUUGCCGUGGACAACUAAGCCUCCAAAGAAAUCCACCCUGAGCCUGUGCCCCUUUGCUGUAUUCUGCAUACUUUCUCCAGGCUUGGACAGUGGAGGGGGUAGGAGUUCUCUGUCCUCCUGAGAAACUCUGGAGCCGUUGUUUUAGAGACCUGUCAGGUCCAGGACGGGCUGAAUUGUUUGAUCCUGAUGUGAGUCCUAGCUGGCCCUUCAUCCACAUCAUCAGGUACAAAGGGGUCUCUGGUCAGCAGACCAGCAUCCUCCAGCCCCCUCCCUUUCCUCCCUCUUUAGGCCCUGAUCAAUCUACUGUGAAAGGCUCUCCUCAUAAUAGCUGUCCUCCUUCAGUAACGAAGCUUACUUAGCUUUUAGCUGUGAAAAACUCUGGAAACUUGCCCAACCAUUAAUUCUUAUAAAGUCCCUAAACUGGAUGUGUCUCAGUGCACCCUGGGCCAAAAAGAAGAUACGCUAGACUUGGGCCUGAUCUGACCCACUCCAGCAGAGGGCUUACUGGGAGUGGACUGGAUGAUGCUGGCCUGUGGUAGGGCGCUCCAUUUUUCUUAUCCUGGUCAGAAUCACGUUAUUCCAAGACCAGCUCUGGCUGGAAGUGAGACAGCAAGAAAGCUAUCCAUUCGGAGAGGGAUACGGAGCGGGAUACGGAGCAAAGCCUUUGGAGCCCCUGAGCCAGAGGCUGCUAGAGCCUCUCCAGCAUGCAAGUCUGUCACAGAAGUUUCUAGCAGCUAGAUGGCAGCAUUUCCCAUAGGACUGUCUCAUACUAAGUCACCAUACUAAAUUGCAGCUGACAGUGGGCCUGGCUUGCCCUGUCACGGGCAGUACCUGGAAGGCCAGCAGUCUCUGGAGCCGGCCUUCUGGGGAGGACCGAGCUUGCCCUCCAUCUCCUCCUGCCUGCUUGUGCUGCAGCUUCUCACUCUUCCACACAUCCCACCCUUUCUCUUCCAGACCAGGAAUGAGUGUUCCUUGCUGCUCAUAAAGUUAGUGUUGUACUGACUGUAUUAUUGCCACUGUAAUUAUGAUUGUUAUCACCUUGUUGCUAUUUUAGUCAGGGUUUGAAGUAUACAUUUAUUCCAAGUAUCUUUGUGUUUUCUUCAUAAUAUUUAAAUUUAUUUUAUUCUUGCUGUGUGUAUAUGAGUAGACUGGAGGGACAUAUAGAUUAGAUGUCCAAUCUUGUCAGAGGAAAGAAAAGGAAAAAAAAAUAAGAAAAGGCCCAGGAAUUAGGAAAAAUUGUUUCUAUCAGCUCUGCCCCUCACAGAGCUGCAGGGAAGACAAAGCAGAGAUUUGGAUGCACUGGGGCCUUCUUCUCUGCAUGGCCCGGCUGUGGUACAAAGCCACUAUCAGUGCUGUGUCUUUUGGACCCUUUGGCAACUUCUCUCACAUCCUCUGCGCUCUCCUCCAGGUGUGAACUACUGACCAGACUCUAACCUGCCUCGCAUCUGACGUGUAGCAUAAAAGGCCCCUUUCUCAAAGCUUCCACUAACCCCCGCCCCGUCCCUUCACUCUUCCCAUUCAUGUACUUGGGGUGUGACUUGUCUUCCUCAAUGCAGAGACAGUGAUCCCACCUGGAGGCCAUAGGUACAGUGAGGGUAAUGGGCACAGUGCUCCUGUGAGAGUUCCCUCGUCUGUUCUUCCCCAGGCAAAUCCUCCCAGCUCCCAGUUCUAGGGAGCCAGGUAAAGGAACAGGACACAAGACAGUCUCACGGGAAGGACCUCUUCUAAAUCACUGGCAAGUCAAGGGCACAUGGAACCUUUUAGGCCACCCUGCUUCUGAGCUGUGGCUGUACCCUGCCUGCACUGUGAUGAUGGGUGUGUAUACACCCCACUACCACUCAGAAACAACCAGGCCCCCAGUAAAGAAAGGACUGAAGCAAUAGCUUCCCCAAACAGACAAAAACAGCCAUUCUGCAGUCCUCAUCCCACAACCACCCCUCCCCUGAUCUCGUCCCACAUUCUGAGCUGACGCAUCAGGAGUAACACAGAAUCCCAGCUAGUUAUCAUCCUCACUAGGUCCCCACUGAGGUGCUCAGCACUGCAUCCCUUUACAAAGAAGAUGGAAGGAAGGCUGCUGCCCUUGGGACUAUACUCACCUAGUGCUUACUAGACCAUGUGUCCCUGGUGCAUCCUCUGGGCCUUCUUUAAUGAAGAUAAACUGCUCGGCAUGAAGAAGAUGAAUUCAGCUCAGGUCUAAAAUAGGUCUGUGGCACCUUGUGACCCUCAGGUCAGCAGAGUGCUGCUGCUCGCUGGGUUCUUCCUGGGCCCUGGCACCCAUGUCUCUGUCAGUGUGUCGGGGUGAUGUUUUAGGAACGUGGAUGAGGAGCAGGCCAGUAGGCAAGGCUUGUGUUAGUGCCAGUUAGCCCUGUGAAGUGGAUGUUUGAUGUGAUUCAGAGGAAAAGGGAGUAGGGUUGCCCAGUGUCCCUGACUGUAUUGAGUUCUCCCCUUCUUGGUAAUGAAGUUGUUUGCAGCUGUAAAAGCCAACCUGGCUUUGGUCUCUUUGUCUAAGAACUGGAACUGACCAGCCAGCAUGGAGCAGGUCAGGAAGGGAGGUUAACACAGCAGACAGGACCUCCCUUGACUGGGUCUCAGAUGUUGCAAACACUCAUUUUGAACAGUGUGUGGUGGAGGAGUGGGUUGGGUGAUGUGAGUGGAGUUUACGUUCUUGGAAACUGGAGUGAGGUGCCUAGGAGGCUUAGGGAAGUAUUGCUGGUGGUUCAUGAUGAUGAUGGUGACUGGGUCCCUACCUGCCCCUCCUGCCCCGGGUUCUCAACAUCUGGCUAAGGGAGGGUAGGAUGUGGGCGUGGCUCUUGCUGGCCUGCCAAGUAGCUGCUAGGAUAGAAAACAGAAAGAAGAUUGCUCUAUGUCCUCAGCUAGCAGACAGAAUUCCAUGAGACAAGCUCUCCUUUCAUGGCCCAGCCUGAGACUGCACACACACACACACACACCACCAGCCACUGUACCACAGCACACUCCGCCCCGGGGCUCACAGGCUUUGCCCCUUGCUCAUGUUUUCCCCUCUUAUUUGCUUUACAAAUUUUCAGUGUAGAAGCCUAAAGAUUAAACAAGCCUGAGAUGUCCUUACCAAAUUGGAAAGGAAAGUACAGCUGUCCCUUUCUGUAGCCAAAGAACCCUCUCGAAGACAGCUCCAGAGACGGACGGAUGCAUCCCCUGUUCCUUCCUGGACAAUAAUGACUUCAGUGACCUUCCAUUCAUCUUUCCUUUCUAGCCUGCCCCCCCCUUUUUUUUUCAUUGCAUUUAUUUCAAAAUCACUCAUCUUUAAAGAGGAGUGGAGUAGUGGCCCUAAAUGCUGCUACCCCAAGGAACUGGUAUCCCUCUAGCACUCCUUUGUGAUUAAUUGAUCUCAUGUUACUAUGGGAAGCUAGAAAACAAGCAAGCAGCCUUCUCUGAUGACCCCACACUGUAUCCCAGGCUGAGGAUGUGUAGGUCGGGCUGGUGAUGGCAGUAUAGACCCACUUGCCUAGUCUCCACAAACAGGCUCAGACAAGUCCGUCAAGCCACUAGAGAACCAAAGAUGGCAAGAUAAGGCUUAAUUGCAAAAGGAACCUCAUGAACUUUGGCACUAUGGUUCACUGUAGUAACUACCCGAGGAAAGGUUUCCCGAGUCUUUGGGGUGGCUCCUGAGAAGUUGCUCCAACCAGUCUCUUCCCUUCUGACUCAGAGCUGCCAGAAAAGAGAUCCUGGAGGUUCCCUGUCACAGAACCUCCAUGCUUCCUGGCUUCUAAGCUAGAACCCCUCCCUGUCCCAAUCCUUUGGGUGUCCCUCACCAUAGACCCCAUCCAGGAGAACAUUAUACUGAUUGUCUCUUGCUGCACAAGAGCAGUGUCCCUCAUGUAAGGACUCACUGACAGUUGUUGCGUAUCUACAGUAUGCCAAGCCCUUUCUCGGUGUCCUCUCAGACCCAUCCCUGGGAAGAAGUCAACACCUGCUAUGUGACAAAUAGAAAAGCUGGUCCUCUGAGGACGUGGAAAGUGUGAAAGGGGAACACGGUGCAUUUCAAAGCCCCCAGGUUCCUGAUCCUGGUUUUCUUAAUCCAGACUUUACAGCUGUGGAGUUUUGUUUCCCUGUUUCAGUAACUGCAGUGCGCAGCCUCCUGUCUCUAAUGAGCCGUUCAGUGAUGCUCCCAUUCCCUGUGUGCCAAACACUGUGCUAAGAAUUGCUGACGAGCCCAAGGACUGCAGCCGUGCAGGACCUGUGUAGAGGAGGCACCUGGCCUGCAGACCCCAGGACCUGCCCAGGCCACCUAGCUAAUAAGGGAAGUCAGGGCUUGACAUUCUGUCUGCUUGGCUCUAGAGCUGAGCUCACACACCAGCCUCAGCUGCCUUCCUUGUAUAACAAGGACAGUCCUUUGUAGAAUGUCACACCCUGACUGCCCUGUGUGACUGGACUUCAGCAGGUAUGUGCAGAGAGGGUUCCUGGAUUGAAUGCAGGUGAAAGAGGCAGAGUUUGACUGUAGGAAAAGUCUCUGGGGAGUCCCUCAGGAUCCCUAGAACUCCUGUUUCCUUCCAGCAACUGGCUUUAGCCACUCAGGCUGCUGCAGCUCCUGUGAGAGUGCAGGGAAGGUGUUCUUUCUUUUAAAUAAAUACAUAAAGAUGAUUUUUUUCUUGCUUAUAGUUAAUCUUAGGAAGGCAAUACUAAAAAUAUAUAUUUUUUCCAAAAUGCUAUUUUUUACUGUACUUGAUAAGUAUCACGGCGGCUGUGAUCUCUGUAAUGGGCCCGCUGUUCAGCUCCGCACGGAACCGGGAGCCAGGUUCACGCCAAAUCUGUAAAUACCAUGUGGGUCUGUGUCCAGGAACUUUGUUUUCUAUGAAGAAACAGACAAAAAUAAAAACAAAAAACAAACAAAAACAAAAAGGGGGGAGUGGGAUAAAGGCAAGAUGACUUGGGGAAGAGAACAAAAUUGAAUUUUCUUGCAGGAAACACCCUUCUCAAAGAGAAGGACAACACAAAAGUGGGCAGCGCAGCUGCAGGUUGGGAGGAGGGGCGGGGCCCCUGGCGGCCGCAGGGGCGAGAGUACUGUGCUGGAAGUUUCCAUUCACCUGAGAGAUGACAAAAAUCUAGAAAUGCUUUCGGGCUAGGCUUUAACUUUUUCAAACUCUGUUUCGGGUGGGUUUGUUUCUCUUUUCUUGUAAAAAUGUCUGUACUGACUGGCUCCAGGCUUGUUUGCCUAAAUUCUUAGGUGGUUUACACAAGUUCUCAAUUCUUGUAGAACUUUAAAUCCAUUGGAAGCAAACCCAGCCAGCGUAGAUCUGAGGUCCUGGCUGGUGUCAGUAGGUGUUCUGGGACUCAGAGCACCUAACAACAUCUUCAGAAGGUUUAGCUAUGUUAUCUUACACAAACUGUGACCCUAAUGGCAAUAAUUACCUCAAAUGUGGGCAUUCGUCCUGGUCUAGCCUUUUUUGAAAUCAUGUAGCCAGCUUAAUCUUGUGAUUUAAAAGACAAUGAAAUGUUCUCUGUGGGCUGAAAGUAAGGAUUAAUGCAAACCCUGGUCACUGUUGCCUAAAUGAGUUCUGAGAAUAGAAUUCUCAUCAUUACACCAGAAGUGAAACCAAGAAGAGAUAUGUCUGCGUUUCAUAAUCAGUAUGCUGUUCAAGUACGCGGGAGCACAUUUCUCUGUAAUGUGCCCUCUGAUUGAUUUCUCCACUGUCGAGUAAAUGACACAAUUGACUGUAGAUACUCAAACAUACUUCUGGCUACAUUUUAUAGUUAAAGUAUUUUAUAGUUUACAUUUAACCUGGUACUUUUUAAAAAGAAAAUUGUUUAUAACUGACAUCUUCAACCACAGCGAUUGACUGACUCUUGUGUUAGAAGCUGUCUCCCCAAGGCAGGCUUGUCCCACUUGUGCUGUUCCACAGCCUGAUGCAGCCUGUUCUGCAGCCUGAUGCAUGUGCUUCCCUUAUUGUUGCUAUCCAGUGAACCUGAGAGUGUGAAAGGAAGUCAGGAGGGAAUGGGAAGGGGCGAGUCCUGAACCUGGGCCAUCCGCAGAGUCCGGUGCCUUGUGCGCCAGAGCUUGGAGAGGUGGGGAGACUGAUCCCCGCCUCACCAACACUGUCUUGAUGUGAAUGCUUCCUUUGUGACCAGGCCACUCACCUGGCAGUAGGUGACGCUGGCACUCAGCAGCUCUGCAAAUAUGGAUACUGCUCCUGGGUCUGCAGUGAACCUUGGUCAGCAUUUUGAGAGGGAGAACCAUACCCCUGUGCCCAUGUUCACUGGCUGGAUUUUCUACAUGUUGCUGGUUUUGUCAGUUUUUUGUUUUUCUUUAAAACAAACCCCAUGUAAAAUAACAUGUACUUUAAUUUACCCAUUGCCUGGCUAAGAUGUGAAACUCGGUUCAGAAGGUGGCUUCAGAGCCAAAGGGCUGGGGUGGGCAGUGCAGGAUGGUCCUGGAGACUGGGUCCACAGAUGGCUUUGCAGUGAUGGAAGCAGGCUUCAGAGACAUGAGCAAGAGAAGACAGGAAAUGUCAAUUUCCCUGACAGUUUUGUAAGGUUUGGGUUGGGUUUUUACUGGGGUAUUUUAUUAUAUUGUGUCUUUAAGACAGGUUCUUACCAUGUAGUCCUGGAUGGUCUAGAACUCACAAUGUGAACUGGGUUUUGUUUGGUUUUGGUUUUCUCUUGUGCCACCACUGAACUGUGGAGGACCUGUGGCGACCUGUGGUGACUCCUCACCGCCCAUGUUUGCUUUGCGCUCACAGCAUGCUCUUGUAUCUGUUGAAUGUCCUUGUAGAAUGUUCUCACGCUUCUUAGUCAUAUCCUAGGCGUGUGUACGUGUGUGUGUGUGUGUGUGUGUGUGUGUGUGUGUGUAUGAUUUGCUUUGCACUAAUAAACCAAAUGAAUUUUGUCUCAUUGUCUUUGAAGCUAACUCAUGUUUUUAAAAGUGAGAGGUAUAGAAAUGGGCUUUUCAUUAUUAUUUGAAAAGUAAAUUCACUGUAGCUUAAAAAUAAAAAGGGCUCUGCUGUCUUCUCUUUAGUUCCCUCUCAACCAAUUUCCAAAUGACUCUCCUGGCCCCAUCCCCACCUCUGGCUCCCCACUGCAGAUCAUGCUCAGGCACUCAGGACUCCCAGAAAGUUCAGCCCUGGGAGCCAUGCCCCUGCUCGCUGCCUGCCUGCCUGGCUGUUGGUCCAUGGAUUGCUGUCACUGUCAGUACUCUGGCUCAGGUUAUGAGGAAGGACGUGGAAGUUGAAAGUGACUUAACUAUGCCAUCCUCUAGCUUUCUAUCACACACACACACAUACCAUGUGCCCUUCAGAGCAGAAGUUCACACUGCCUCCAAGUCUGUUGGCUUCCUGCCCUCCACAUCCCUCUCUCUUGUGUUACUGCCCAUUUAACGCUGGCUUUCUUCCAUGGGUUACCUAGGGCACAAUCAUUUAUAGUCCCCAAAGCACCCUUCACCCCUUUAUGUGUGUAUUUUAACCAAAUGAAGUUGACAAGAAAGGCAUAUGUUGGGGCUGCAGGAUUUCUAGUGUAGUAGAAGCAUUGUAUAGAUAGAGAUGUUGAUAUAUAUGUUUGUGUAUAUAUAUAUCAAGCCAAAUUUCUGAUAGAAAAGUAUAGCUUUAUGGAUGAGAAGGAAAAGGAGCCCUCUAGAGUUUGGAGCCAGCUUUGAUGUGUCCAGUGAGCAAGACGCACCGGGCUUCACGAGCAGCUAAGGACCCAGCCCUUGCCUCACCUCUGCAAAGCUAGGGGGCCCCAAGGGUUCUGCUGCUCUCUGUGGGUCCCCAGCAACGAAGGCGUAGGAGAGUGAGGGGACAUAGAUCAGAAGGACUGGAAUUCUUCAUCCCAUUUUGCUCUGACCACAUGUUUUGAGCUACAGCCUGAUUAUAUCACAUUUCCAAAAUGUAGUACCAUGAAGAUGGCGAGAGAGAUCUGUCGAAAUACUUAGCUUUCGACUGCCUGUGGCUUCGGGAUGCUCAGGACAGAAAGACACACUCCCCAAACAAGAACAUGGAGAAGGAGGCCUGGCAGUACUCAUGGCCACGGCCAAGGGGAGAGGCUCCUCCCCCAGGUCAUCUCAUCUCGAUCUUUCUCUACCAGGUCAUCUCAGCGCAGUCUUGAUAACCUCUCGAAAGCCCUGGCCUGUCCUGUUCCUUCACUGUAUGGUUUCUGUAAUAAAGUGUUAAUCCAUGUUAAUCUGUGUGGGGAUUAUUGCGUGCAACAGUAUUUUCUCGUGUACCUCUUUUUUCCUCUGUGACGUGUCCCUCUUUUUUUUUAAUUUAUAAAUGUCUAAUUUGUUUUUUUUUUUUUUAAGGACAAACCAGUGUGUCGUAGACCUCUAUGUAACCUGUCCCUUAGUGUCAUUAUAGGUAUGUUAUAAGGAUGGAUAUUUUACUUGGCUUUAGAAUGUUUUUCAAGAAAACUAAUUCUUAACUGAUGAAGUUGUUGCUACUAAAAUGCUUGUUUUCAUCAUGAUGUCGUGCGCUUCUAAAUUAAUCAUCAUUUUCGUUGUAGAAAAAUGGAGUGAAUUUAUAUUAGUCUUGGGAACUAAUAAUAGCAUUGUAAAUUUAUGAGAUGAUUUUAACAGAAAAAAUAUAGAAGAAUAUAGUUAUUUUAAUUGUAAUAUUACUAACUGUAGGGUGAGGCGGGGGUCCUGUUGUGGUGAACUGUUAUAGCUUGUUACUCAGUUUCUUUUUGAUCAUUUUCUCGGUCUCUGAGGUGAAGCGAGUUAUUAAUUGAAUCUGUAAACUCACAUAUGCAUAUUGUAUAUGUGUAGCGAUGUGAUCACACUGUCUUGGAAUUACAUUAAACUGUUUGGAAUCACUAAACUUUGUCCAACCGCUUCCUUAUC